GGAAAGUGCCAUCGGUGCCAUGAAUGGACAAUGGCUCGGUAGCAGAAGUAUCAGAACGAAUUGGGCGACUCGCAAACCCCCUGCACCGAAAUCCGAAGCAAAUGCGAAACCGUUGACUUUCGAUGAAGUGUACAAUCAAAGUAGUCCGACCAACUGCACGGUGUACUGCGGCGGGUUGACCAAUGGUUUGACAGAAGAGCUAAUGCAGAAAACUUUCUCGCCUUUUGGAUCCAUCCAGGAGAUUCGUGUAUUCAAAGACAAGGGUUACGCUUUUAUCAGGUUUUCUACUAAAGAAUCGGCGACGCACGCUAUUGUGGCGGUACACAACACCGACAUCAAUGGUCAAACGGUGAAAUGCAGCUGGGGCAAGGAGAGCGGAGACCCGAACAAUGCUCAACAAACGGGACAGGCGUUAUCGUCGGCGACGUACCCAUACUACGCGGCGGCAGCUGCUGCCGCCGCGGCGGCGGCGGGCGUCGCGGGCGUCGGAGGCGUCGGUAGUGUCGGCGGUGCCGGACAGCUGGGAUACUGGUACCCGCCCCAGUCUUACCCAACGACAGCGACGCAGAUGCAGGCUGGCGGUUUCCUGCAGGGGAUGCAGGGCUACACUUAUGGCCAAUUCGCCGGGUAUCAACAGGCCCAGUACAUGGGAAUGGGAAUGGGCGUCCACGCAGCUGGGACGGCGGCAGGCUGGGGCCAGGGGUUGCCCGGAGGACCGCAGUUACCGCCGCACCACGCCACGACGGUCACGGCACCCCCAGGGGUGCAAGCCGCGCCACCACCACCACCGCCCCCGGCGCAAAUGAUGGCCUACCCGAUGCAACAGUUCCAGUGUGUUCUUGGUUGCGGUCCAGCUAGCGGAUGAGGACUGGCUGACGCCUAGCCUUCUAGUGUGAUGGUAAGCAAGUACACCCCACCGACAGGAACAACUUCUACAGCAACAACAACAACAGUUACCACCACCAUUAUCACCACAACAACAACAACCAACAACAACAAAAUUAGCAUCGACGCCACAGCGACGACAAAAGCAACAACGCCGUUACCGGCUUGACGAUGAAACAUAUUAUAAAAAUAAAAAACGAGGGAAUUUGCCGGGUUAUGUGAGCUAAUCGCAAAGGGAGAAAGAAAGACAAAGAUAUUUAAAUUCUUAUAUAUAUACAUACAUAUAUAUAUAAAGUUAUAUAUUAAAGAGAAGGAAAGACACAUUUGGGUUCCCAAUUUUCACGUCCAAUGUAACCGAGGAAGAAGAAACUGUAAAAGCUAAGCUGGUUUCAAACAAAUCGGAGGUAUCCUCUCGUCCAGUCUGUAGAAUAUAAAACGUAGCGUCUCUCUCAAGCUUGAAUUAAUAGAUAGGCGUUUCACGGUAGUCUCGAAAGCUUCAGUAAUGAAACACGAAUCCCGGGAUACGCGGACCAGCCAUGUGAUCAUCGCUAUUUGUAAACCAGCCAAUAUUUUGUGUCGCAAAUGGACUUCUUAUAGAAGAGGCAGAGGUUGCGAAGUCGUCCCAUGUCUCUAAAAACGGGGGGGUGGGGGAGAGGAGAGAACGUUAAUCGACCCGUAACCCGGAUUCAAUUAUUUUUGUAGUUUGGGCUUUAAAACGGUGAAGAUUAAAUUAAUGGAGGGGCGAGUGUGAGAGAGAUAAUGUGUAACAACGUCAUUACUAGGAAGAUGUUUGGCCGGCGACUUAAUCGUGGAGUAUAAAUAAGAACACGUGUGCACACUUGUAUAAAAAAAAAGAUGAUAUAAAUUUAACGGAACAAAAAAAAAAAAUAAUGGUUAUUAUUAAACGAAGAAUUCAACCGAUUAGCUAGCUAGGUAGGUAUGUUAUAAAAAGUUACUCGAGGGCGAUAUCGAAAUUCGGCGAAGACGAACAGACCCGGAAGUGAGAUCUCGGACUCCGGCUCCUGAAACGGGAACCGUCAAACGUACCUUCGUAUGUAUGUAUAUCUAAUCGCUAAAACCCGCUCGACUCUGGAUCAGGGGCGGCGAGCUUCUAACUUCCACUCUCAUCGCUCAGAUGCUCUUCCACCCACUGACACGUCUCUGAAUUUCUUCAAAAUUCUUCGUUCACUGCAACUUGUGAAGUAAAAUUAUUAAUUCAAUCAAGGAUCAAAGUUGAAGUUAAUUGCGAAUUUUAUGUUAUCUUAAAAUAUUCUCAAAUGUAUAAUUUGUGUACUGGUGUAUUUUCUGAACUUUUAACACGUUAGAUUUGGAGAAUGAGAAUUCCAAAAAUGAGAAUCGUGUUCCAACCCUUCAGACCUGGCAACUCUUCGAAAUUUGCGAUUUUCAGCAAUUUUCUUUUUAAUGUAAAUAAUGGCUGAACAAAUUUAAGAAAAUUCAGAGAUGUAGUACUCGUAUAGGCAGUACACCUCUGAAUUUUUUCAGAAUUUUUGCUGUAUUACAAUUAAAAGUAUUAGGUAAGUCCAAUGUCAUAGGUUCACUUAAGAUAGGCCUCAUGGACCUUACGGGCCUCCUCCGAAUUGUCUCUGCGAUUAAAUAUCGUAGAUUAUGCUGAGCGAAUGGGGGUCACAUAGUCCGGAAACGGGGCCUUCGGGCCGCAAGCUCGCCACCCCUCUUCCAGACCACGGGACUGUAAAACGAUCCACGCGUCUCGAUUCAAAUUUUCCCCGCCGCUGCGAGGACUUCUCACCCCCUUCGGUUUAUUAGAUUUAUUAUUAUCAGACUCGAGGCCAAAAUGACAAAUCACCGUGCGCGGAGGUCUUCGCAGACAGUCGGCUUCGCGGACAGCCGUUUUUAUUAUUCGACCUCGAUCCUUUCGACACGACGCGCUUAGACAGUUGGAUAUUUUUAUAAAAAAAAAAGAACAAACAAACAAACGAUCAGCCGUAUUCGCUGAGAGGUGUCGACCGAAUUUCACGCGUUCAUAUCGCGAAAAGUAGUGAAAAAAAGUGAAAGAAAAAGAUUAAAAAAAAAAAAAGGAAAGGUGAUGUAAACAGUCGGUCGGCUCCGAUCAAUCGUGUCGGGUCUACCGUGGUGUUUUUAACUUAUAUAUAUAUAUAUACGUAUAUAUAUAUAUACCUUAGAUUUUUAUAUAAUACGGGAUACUAUAGAACCAAAACGGGAGGAGGAAAUCUCUAAUUUAAGACGCUUAAGCAAUAAAUUGUUAAGCUUAGGGAAAUGGAGGAAAACGAUUGUCCCAGCGUCUCUCUUAUUGUAUACUCGCUCUCUCAGCUACUUCAGCUAGGCGAGCCACGAAUUCGUAACAACGAAAGAUGUACAGGUAUUGAGAGAAGAGCACACGGUGGCGUUUUAAUGAAUUGAUUAAUUGAUAUGGAACCGAUUAUAUGGUCUGUCCGAUACGACGUCCCGAAUUUCGACUUGGCCGCAGUUAAAGCGAGGGGAAUUAAAGAUUCGAAUGUAUAUGUAAAACGCGUGGUGAACGCAUACGCACGCGUACGAAAUACGGCUAGGGCCAGAGGAGGUAGAAAUGAUAUGGAGUAAGAGAGAGGGGAAUAAUCGACGUGUAUUUAAAUCCGAGAAGAAUUUUCUGUUCGAGAUUAACAGGUACGCUAGAUGGAAUUAGGGACACUCCAGGGAGGGACCGGACGUCUACUUGAAAAUGCGCCUAAACCGGAAGUUGCAUAUUCAAAACGCGAAAUGUCAAGAUUAAUAGUGGAACAUGAACUAUGCUCACUGUCAAUACGUCAGUGAAACAAAAAUCAACAUUUCUAAUGUUCUUUUAAGAAUAAAGAAAUGUCGAUAAUAAUAAAAUAAUGCUACAUUAUUUUUUAUAAAUAUUUAUUUCGCGAAUUUUGUAUAAAGAUGGAAUACGUUAGUUAAUUUCCAAGAUAUAAAAAUUCGUAAAUUACUUUUCCCAACAAUCGAUCAAAAAUCGUAAAAUUCCGUAAGAGACGCUGGAGUCAGUCAAUUAGAGGCGCUCCUUCCCGGGAUUAUUAGAAGGGCACUAGGGUUGUGAGUCCUCAGCAGUACUUCACAACCAGAACAGGCCCGGUUUGAGUUCGAGGACUUUUAAAUAUAAAAAAAAAAGGGUUACAUUAUAUCCCGCCGAACUUGUCGAUCUCUGUCAGUAAAAAUCUUCUCAAUCUCCGUCACCUGGAACGAAAUUAAUAUUCAAUUUGUCCCUCUCUCUGUUACCUUAUGAGAUACGAAAGCGCGUAAGCGAGCGAGAAACGCGAAAGUCUGCGAGACACUGAGAAUUCUCUAUAAACAGCAGAAGCGAGUGACGAGAGAGAAAUUAAACAAUUCGUAGAUAGACACAUUGCACAAACAGCACGAAAGUUAGAUUAGAGAGAAAAAAAAAAAUGCGUCGAGUUCCUUCCUCGCGAAUUCGUAUCCUGUCCUCGAAUAAUUGACAUUUUCGAGAAAAGAAAUAAAAAUAAAAACAGUCUCUCUCCCUUGUAACGUAAUUCCGCCUCGAUAGAACAAAACAAGAGAUAAUUGACACUUUAAAAAUAAAAAGAGAAACAGUCUCUCUCUCCUUGUAAUGUAAUUCCGUCUGAAUAGAACAAAACAAGAGAAAACCUUUAGAUCCUUAAACCUUCGCCAACAGCGUAGAAUCAUCGUCCUUAGGCGAGAGAACGGGUUAGGGAUUAAGAAAAAAAAUUGAACUGGAACGACGGUUUAACAAGUAUAACAGGGGACGAAGUAAUCCCAUCUGAUUUGCCUAUCUAUGAUCCCCUCCGCUUCAAAUCUCCCGUCGACUAUUCUUCUUACUCUGUACGCUGCGGCUCUUUCGGUUUUAAGCACGAUCCGAUGCUUCGUUUCGUAUCGUACUUUCCCUCUACCACUGUCCCACUCGUCGGAAUCAUCCUUUGACGGCCCCACCACGUCCUUUGUCCGCCCCUGUUUGUACACUGUUUUUUUCAAUAAUGAAACUGUCUCGUCGUACGAGGGAGAAAAUCGAGCUUCGUUCUGAUACGAUGAAACUCAUAGGAUUUAGACGAGAUAUAUCGAAGUAUAUCGCGGACAUAGCCGGGGAAACAGGCGAAAUGAGACUGUGGGAGACGAGGAGGGUAAAAACUGGAUAAGAGGAAUGAAAGGGGAUUGGGGGACAUUGUUAAUAAUCAAAAGUUAGACGGAUCGUGCUUUAAAUGAAUCAAAAGCGUUCUACGUUUCCGAAUCAAAAGUAUGAUGAUCAAAGAAUUAAUUGGUGUGUAGGAAAGACGGUGUUCUAAAAUUAAACGAAAGAAUGUUGAGGAAUAUUUCUGUUCAUUUUACAAUUCUUAUUCAGUGGUUAAUAUAAUUUUUGUUCAUGAUUGUCAUGUAAAAUGAUAGAAAAUGAGCCAGUGGAUUGAAAUUUGGAGAUGAACAGAAAUUGUGUCGUACAGGAUGUUUCAGCUAACGUAAUAAUACACCAGCUAAUUAACUCCUGUUAAUCCUUUAUAUUAUAAAGAAGCUUCUUAGAAUUAUUAUAUUAUUAUAUUAAUUUUACAUAUAUGACUAUAUUCGAUUCGAAAUUAAUUAAUGUAGCAUCCCUCAUUCGAAACCAUUUAAUGUACCAUUAAUGUGGUAUUCCUCAUACAAAAGUAUUUAAAUUAUCCUGUGAAGUUUAUUCAUGACAGAAGACAUAUUUAAGUUAGCUAAAACGCCCUGUAUAUUUGCGGUCCGUACGCGCGAUGAAAUCAAACCCAUUUGGGGCAACGUAGAAUUUAGGAGUUAAUCGGUAUAAAUUUAGUAAUUUCACUGGAAACGAUCCGACACGUGUCCACGUGGAUGUGGAUAAAAAUGGUGUGCCUUCAGUCCAUCUCGCGGACCACAAGUAUUUCGUGCCAUUAUUAAUCCCCCGUAAACGCUGGGCUACCCUUGCCUCGUCGAGAAUCAUUUCCAAAUUGUGGACUUUUAAUCAAGCUAUUUUUAGUAUUAGUUUAAAAGAUGUGUUUUCUUGUUACAGAAAUGACUUUGCUUGUUAAACGAAAUUCCUUGUAUAAUAUUUUCAUCGACAUACAGUUUUACGUAUCGAUGAAAAAAUUCUUGGUGAGUAUACCUAAGGUAAAUCUCCCAAUUUCUAGUCACUCGCUAACUUUUCUAUAAUUUUAAGUGAGUAAGUAAGAAAUAUUGUAGAAACUAGAUGAAACGACUGGCGAUGAGGCAAUGGUGGUCUUAAAAACGUUAAGUAUUAUCGUUUUAUUCGAUAAAAGUGAACAAACCGUUUCCAUGCCUGGCUUGUAAAAAGUAAGUAUACAAUAAAAUUCGACACCUACGCGUUAAUGAUCUCAUAUCGUUAGUGUCUUCCCAAGGAACAUCUUUCAGAAUUUUUGUCGUUUGUACGUCUAGCAAAUUUGUUGUUCGUUGAAAUUAAUUGCUAUUUGACGAUUUGUUGAUUUGUCUAUUAUCGAGCCUGUUAUUUGCUGUUUGAUUUGUUGACUCGGAAAUCGGUUCCUCGAAUCUAUUACUCAGUGGCGUAGCUAGAAAUAUGGAGCCUUUAGGCAAGCAUACUUGGAGGACCCCUUGCCCUUUCUUAUCAAAAAUAGUCGAUUUUUAGGAACUAUAUUAAAUAAAAAAGAAAUAAAAAUAUCACAACACCUAAUAAAGCAGUUUUAUUAUUGAAGCCGAACACAGACAUUCGUCUACCCAACAUGUAGGCCAAUAAAUAAUAUUCCAACGAGUUACUAGAAAAGUUUCUGUUUUCGUGUAAAUAUUUUUAUGAUAUAUAAUAUGAUAUAUCUGAUAUGAUAUAUCCUAUAUUAUAUAUUUCCUUCUCAGUUUGUCCCAGGGUCCCUCCACAUUGCAAACCCUUCCUACACAGGAGCUACGCCACUAUUACUGUUAACAAUUCUAUAAUUCAUUACUGCUUUAUUAUUAAUACUACUUUAUUAAUAAUUCUAUUAUUACUAUUGUUACUAAUUCUAUAGAAAAACGAUUUAAUAUUCAUCUCGUUAUUUUCAUAUAGCAAAUUCAUUUGAAAUUGAAAAACGAAUCAAAAUAGGUUGUACAAUGAACUUUUUAUCGAGCGUACCUAAAGAAUAAUAUAAGAACUGUGGCCCAAAGGUAUAAAGAGAAAUCCAACACCAAUACUCUAUGUCCGUCGAUUGUUUUGUAAAUUGAUAAAAUACGAGAGACGUAAGCUAACAGUCGUUUUUAAAAAGUAACGCGAGGAUACAACGAAGUAAAUAGAAAAUUCGAUCGCGAGUAAAAUAACGAAAGAAACAAAUCAUUAAUAAUUGACGAAAUUAUUAAAUCCCAUAUUUCAUGAAUUGAACUUAAAAAAAAAAAUGCUCAGCCUAAAAGGACACGGUACCGAUCGCGAGGAAGAGACGAAUAAUAAAAAUUAUAAGCGAAUAUAUACAUACACAUACAAAAAGUAUAUAUUAUAUAUAUAUGUAUAUACAUAUAUAAAUUAUACAUAUAUAUGUAUAUAAUAUAUACGAACGUGCAGCGGCGACGAGGGCUGUUUGUUAUUUUGAAUCGUCGUAGGAUUGAAAAGAAAGCGCUGUGCGUGAAAUAAGGAAAAAGGGAGGCUAGGUUUUAAGGAACGACGUAGCGAUGUAAGCAAAACAAAAUAUCGUGUACAUUAUUAGUUAGGCGAACAAACGAACGAUUAACAAAAAAAAAUAAAAAUAUAGGAUAUUUUUCGGGGAAGUGGAAUAAGCGAGAGGACGGGAAGAGGACGUACAAAAAAGGAGGUAAGAGUUAGGGUGUAAUGCAAACUGUAGCAGGAAUUUUAAGGGUGUUGUAGUUAAAGGUUGAUUAAACGAAGAUGAAUCAAAUCGUGCACUGAACUCUUGCCUAAAUUUUUGGGACUCUGCUUCUCGGCUUGAUUCCACUUUAAACGGUGAGAAAGAGGGUCCCAGAACUCUUUUGAAAAGGAGUAAGCAUGGUGGAAAGGGAAUAAAGGUGUCAGGUCUAGGUUCGGUUAGAUUAGACGAAGCAGCCAAUAGUGCACUGGUCCAAACGAGAGCCAUCAUGUUUUAUUAACCAAUAACAGUUUUAACAUUGAUUUCAAAAAAUCAAUUCUCAUAUUUCAGACAUUCAAUAAUUUUAAAAUAAUAAUAUAAAUAUGUUUAAAGUACUGUUACAAAUUAACGAAAUUUUUAUAUUUCAUUUAAUGUUAGCUUUUUAUGUACAAUUUAUUGCUGAUAUUCAAUUUGAAGUUGGUUCCUUAGUUUUUAAAAUGUGUCACCCAAUUAAAGACAGUUUCCUCAGUUUUCUAAUUUAUUUUAUCCUACCUAGCACUACACGUCACCAUAUUUUAUUAUUUAUUUAACUUGAAUUCGGAUAAAUCUUUUACUUAAUCUUCAUCCAAAAUUGGGCUCGUUUGGGUGAGAAAUGAUCGAUUUUGACAUUAAAGCCUAAGUAGCACAUUUGUGUUUUCCUUCCAUCAUGAUCAGGGACCCUCGACUUGUAAAAAGUAUUUGAAGAAUGCCGCCUUAAGCAUCGAGGCGUGUAUAGAAUUUACUGAAUGAGUAGUACCAAGUAUGUGUACUUAACAUUGCCUAGGUUAAUCGAGCGAAGUGAAUCUAGCCAAGUGAAAGCGAGAACGGCGCUGCAUCAAAGGAGAAACCAAAAAGUGUAGCAUAAGGUGAUAAAUAGAUAAUCGUAAGUAAGUAGAUAGCACGGGAUUUUGGGAAGUAAAUAGAAGAAUGGGAUCGAGGUAAACAGGAAUGUGUAAAAAGAUAUUUAGAGAACAAAUGAUGCGAGAGGGUGAGGAAUGAAAGUGCGAGACUGGUGUAUGUCUAGAGUUGUUCUUCCUACUGUCAACGUGAUACCAAAUUAAUGACUCCUCGGAUUUAGAAAAUUAGCAAAAGAAUUUAUCUUUACACUGUAAGAUUGUUUAAAAUUUAUGUUAUAAACUUUUGUUGUUUUGUUAGAAAAAGACUUAAAGAGACUCUUUUCAUACUACGAAGAGGCUUCAAUUUAUAUAGCCUAUUGUUCCAACAUGUACAAUCAGUCUAGAUAACUAAAAAA